AUGUUAGAUUCUGGAUUCGGGAUUCCAUUUAGUCCCAAAUCACAGAAUUCAGCCCAUACACAAAAUGAUUCCACCAGAAGAUGCAUCUGGAUAUCGCAAGAAGAUCUGACUCCGAACAAUCUGGAGCAAAUAAAAGAUCUUCUAAAAUCAGAAGAGGUACCGCUGAAGUAUUGGCUGCUGUUGGCGUUUUCAUAUAAGUCAUUGGGACACCUGGAAUCUCUGGACUCACUGCUUAAGGAAGCAGAAGCGAUUUUUAACUCAGAAGAAGAUUCGAAGCGCGUGAAAGGAACGCUGUACUCGUCGCUGGGAUUCCAUAACCUGUGCCAAGCACAGCAGUUUAAAAACGACGACGAAAGACACAAGAGGUACAUGGACUGGACGAACCACUACCUGAGAAAGACGGAAGUAGGAACGUCACUGUACCACUUUUACAUGGUCAAGGGACACCAGAGCGUGUUCAACUACAUGAGGGACAAAAACACAGAUCACCUGGCGACAGCAAGGUCGAUGUUUAACAUGGCUAUCGACCAGAGCAGAUCAGCAAUAAUACCGCUCGUGCUGUUCGGGAACGUGAUGGUGCUGAGCUCAAACUACCAAGUGGCAUCAGUGUAUUACCUGAGAGCACUGCUGAAGGCGAGCUACUACCUGGCGAUAAUGAACAACAUGCCUGAUUCGAGGAGGGCGCCUAGCGAAAGGAGCCUAGAGCUGUCGCUGGCACACAGCCAGCUGGUGUGGCUGAAGGCGGCGCUAUUCUUCGCACUCUCAGCAUGCCAGUUCUCACUGGGGAACAUAGAGUCGGCAAAGUCGCUGAUCGAGAAGUCGAUAGCACUGAAGCCGCUGGCAGUGGCCCACAGGUUCGCAUCAGCAAUAGCAGCAUACCAGCUGACGCACUUCAAAGAGGACUUCGAAGAGGACGUGCCGCUGCUCCUGGAGCAGUACAGCAGAGCGCACCUGGCCUCGCACAUCCUGGACAGAAGUAACGCAGCGGGGCAGCUGCACCUGUGCGAGUUCCUCUUCCACAGAGGAAACCUGGAGGAGUGCACGAGAAGACUGCUGGACCUGCAGAAGACGAACCUGCCAUAUAGCCUGAGGGCGGAGCUGGAGUAUCAGCUGGGAAGAGUGGAGCACGCGAAGGGAAGCUACUCGGAGGCACUUAACAGGUACAUGAACGCACUCUCGCACAAAAACGACUUCCUGUCAGCAAGGCUGCAGCUGGUUAAGGCAGCAGCAGGCUGCGGAGACCUAGGUCUGGCGAGAGAGCACUGCGACUUCCUGCUCCAGUGCCUGCAAAAGGUGGCAGUGGUGCUGAAGGUCUCAGCAUACGUGUACCUCUGCUCAGCAAGAGAAACGCUGGAGACGAACAAGUGGGACAUGCUGAAGAUGGAGUCAGCAAACAACAGGUCGCAGAAUCAGCUGGACAUCUCAUGCACGUUCCACAGCGUGCAGCAGGGAAUGGGAAGACUUAUCGACGAGAGGCUAUUCAAGGCGCUCUCGCUGCUGGAGGACCUGAUCUUCUCAGCUAACGGAAGCGAGUCCUCGAGAAACGCACUGGAAAUGUCGAAGUUCACGAACAAGCUGGACGCGAAGUCGAAGGCGCAAAGAGACUUCUCAGACCCGCUGGCAAUGGAGUACUACAUCAGGUGCCUGGAAAUACUGGUCUCGCGAGGAAGAGAGUACCUGUGUCCGAGCCUGAACGAGUACUACGUCGAGUACUUCAACCUCUACAAGUCGGACAACGACCGCUUCAAAAACAACUUCGGAGUGAUACUGAUGUACACGAGGAACUACACGAGAGCAUGCGCAGUGCUGCAGGCGUUGAACGAGAAGUUGUCAAGGAAGACGGAAGGGAGUACGGGGAGCGGAACCAGUGGAGCAGGUGGAGCAGGUGGACCUACCGAGAGGAGCGCCAGGGAAAACAUGGAGAACACGACGCUGGCUCUGACAGUGAGGUUUAACUACGCACUGGCCCUGGAGUUCGCAGGGCAGAUCACAAAGGCGCAGAAGAUAUACUCGUCUAUAACGCGAGAGUACCCUAGGUACACCUCGGCAUGGCUGCGAAGAAGCAUCAUAGCGUUCCAAAAGUGUGACCACGAGAGCACGGUGAGGUACCUGGAGCAGGUGAAAAAGAUACACCCGAACAGCUGUGAGCCAUAUCUGCUGCGCUCAUACCAGCUGGGAAAGAUUAAGUCGUACGACGAGGCGAUACAGGAAAUAAGGAAAAUGUUCAGAGCAAUACCGGCGUCAGCAUACGACCCGUACGCAAACACGCUGCUGUCGUCGCUGAUGAUUAAAAAGAGCUACAGAAUAGCACAGACGACAGGAACGACGCUGACGCUGCCGAAGGAAGCAAUGCAGUACGCGAAAACGGCACUGAAGAGACCGUCAGUGUGCAACUUCUACGCAGCGAACUGCAUAGCAGUGAUACUGGCUCUGGAAAAAAACUUUAAGGCCUCGUACGAAAGUUUCCUGCUGCUGAUGGAGUCGCUGUCAAUGACGAGUCACAUGAAGCUGCUGGUGAAUAAGAACAUAGGAAUACUGUCAGCAGCGAUCACACUGGCGAUGGUGAGCACGGACAGAAAGCCCGACAAGAAUAAGCUGAACAAGCUAAAGGUGGCGAAGACACAGCAGCACUUCCAAAGCGCAAUCUCGAACGGGAAGAUGGACAAGAGCCUGUACACGUGCUACAUCAGGUUCCUCUUCGACGUGCAGAAGUACGAGGAGUGCAUAGGAGUGCUGGAAACAGCAAGACUGAUCUUCCAAGACGACGCCUUCGUGUACAACCAGAUCAUCGUGACGGACGCAAUGGUCUGCAGCUACCUGAGAGACGCAGAGAAAACAAGCUCGCUGGUGGAAAUGAUCAACAUGCUCUCGUGCUGCCGCUUCAUAACGACGUCAGCAGAGUACCUGCUGGAGGAAAGCCAGAGAGGAAACACGCAGUUCAGCGCAGAGGCGUACAAUAAGCUGAAGCAGAUCGCGAACAGAGUGGAGACGAAGAUGAUACCGCACAUCACGUCGACGCUGCCGCAGCUGGAGAAGACGUGCGAGAAUAAGCAGCAGGCAAGAGAAAAGAGACUGCAGCUGCAGCUGUCAAUACAGCAGGCGCACGAGGCGAAGAAGAGAGAACAGGAGCAGGAGAGAAUGAGGGCGGCGGAGGCCGAGGAGGAGCUCUCGGAGAAGCUGCUGAAGGAGGCCUCGGAGAUAGCCUCGGAGCUGUUGACUGCUAAGCCGACGCAGACCUAG